GCCCAAGAAUCAUUAUUUAAGGGAAGAAUAUCAUAUCACACUUUUAAUUUUCAUUUUUCUUUCUUUCCCUUUGGCGUUGGGAAACGGAGUUAUGGUAUUUAUUGUGCCAUUUGAAGAAGCCGCUGUUGUGGUUAAGAUCCAUGGAUUCUGAUCGUCACAGAAACUUAGUUCACUCCCGCUUCUUCCUCUCUGGAUUCUAUUGCUGGGAUUGGGAAUUCUUGACCGCUCUCCUCCUUUUUAGCGGAGAGAUGUCACAGAGAUCGGUGCCGGCGCCGUUCUUGACGAAGACGUAUGAGUUGGUGGAUGAUCGUGCAACGGACGACGUGAUUUCGUGGAGUGAGAGUGGCAACACUUUUGUGGUGUGGAAGCAUGCCGAUUUCGCUAAGGAUUUGCUUCCCAAUUAUUUCAAGCACAACAACUUCUCCAGCUUUGUUCGCCAGCUCAACACCUAUGGUUUUCGAAAGAUUGUGCCAGACAAAUGGGAAUUUGCCAACGAACAUUUUAAGCGAGGCCAAAAAGAACUUCUCACGGAGAUCAAACGCCGCAAGUCGGCGCACCCUGUGCCGCCGCCAUCGGGGACCGAAAAAUCCGGUGGCGACGGUAACUCUCUGUUGAACUCAGGCGGCGACGACAUGGGAUCGUCCUCCACCUCUUCACCUGAUUCGAAGAACCCAGGAUCUGUGGAAACAACAACAAUAACAACAACAACAAUAACUCCUCCUCCUCAUCAGUGCGCGAAUUUAUCGAGCGAGAACGAGAAAUUGAAGAAGGACAACGAGACGCUAAAUUGCGAGCUGGCACGUGCGAAGAAGCAGUGCGAUGAGUUGGUGGCUUUCUUGAGGGACUGCCUUAAGGUGUGUCCUGAUCAGAUCAACCGCAUCAUGAGGCAAGGAAAAUGCGGGUCCACCCGUGAUCCGGUGCAAUCUGAUGACACUCUAGUUGAUGAUGACGAAAAACAAGUUGGUGAGGCCGCUGGACCCAGCACUUUGAAAUUGUUUGGUGUUUGGUUGAAAGAGGAGAAGCCUAACAACAACCACAAGAGAGGGCGCGAAGGCCCAAUGGGCUUUGGUGGGCCUCCUGCAAAGGAGAUGAAGAAGACUACUACUACAGCUAAUAGUAAUAGUGUUGUUGACUUUGGUGGUUCCAAUGUUAAGGUGAUGAUGAAGAGCAGCAAGGUCUGCAGCUGAAGCACCUUAAGGCUUAAGCCAUUGUUCGAUUUAUUUAGUUUGGAAAGACAUAAAACAAUAAUAAGUAUAGGUUGAAGACAAGGCGUGACAUGAUGUUAGGGUGGUUUGUGUUUGGGCAAAUAGGGCCUACCCUCUGCACCCUGGCGCAUGUUAUGGUUGUGUUAUUGUUAAUAUAGAUCUAUUGUUGUACCAAUAUAAUUACUAGUUAAUAUAGGUACGUGGGAAGCAGACACUAAUAUUCGAUGUAUGAAUCUAGUUGUUCAUUUCUGGAUC